GCUGGAGAGAGAAUUGUCCUGAGUUUGCUCUGCAGCAGCACUUAAUCUCAGUUGGUGUGUGCAGACGUAGAGUGGCACAAUGAGGUUUCUAAUCUCGUUGUAUAUGUCUCUAUUGCUGUUGAUUAAUUGUGAAAUGAUCAAUGGACAAACAUAUGUGCCUCCAACUUCCAACUCUGACCCAUGCUAUAAUUAUAGUAUUCUCAAUGACUAUUGGAGAAACGUACGCCAAAGUUAUUACUCUUCAUAUAAUGAUACCCAUCUUGAAUGGAAUGGCUGGUAUCGGCUGUAUCUGAAUGGAGAAAGUGCUCAAAUGUCUGAGUGGUGUGUGAAUUCAGCUGGAUGUGGUGGUGAAACUGGACUGUAUCUGAACGGUUCUCAUCCAAGACUUGAGGAUGGAGUGGUGACACAUGAAGUCCUAGGAACUCAGUCAUGGUAUUGGUCCUCCUCCUGGCAGUGUGGUGACUACAGAUCCAACUCCAUCCAAGUCAAAGCCUGUCCAGGAGAUUUUUAUGUCUAUAAACUCGUCAAGCCAGAUGUGUCAAUCCCCAGUCCUACAUAUUGUGCAGUUGCUUUCAAAAAAGUCAGCAAUGAUCCAUGUUACAACUAUGAGUCUCUGGACCGUCCCUGGAGAGCCACAAACGAAAGUGGAUUGUGGAUAUGUGAUGGAUCUUUCUCUUGGAAUGGCUGGUAUCGGCUUUUCUACAAUGGAAUGAACAUCCAGAUAUCAGAGAACUGUGUUAGUUCAGUAUAUGGCUGUAACACAGACUACAGUCUGUGGCUAAACGGUCCUCACCCUCAGAUAGAGGAUGGAGUGGUGACCAGGGAGGUCUGUGGUUCAUCUUGGUGGAGUGGCUGCUGUAAUUUUAAGUCACAACCCAUCAGAGUGAAAGCCUGUCCAGGCAAUUACUAUGUCUAUGAACUUGUGAAUCCACAAUACUAUUGUGCGGGAUACUGCACAGAUGUUAGCACUAUAUCACAGAACAUUUCCUCUACAAGUCCACCUAUGAACAAUGGAUCCAACAUCACUCUGGAUUAUGACCCAUGUUACACCUACAACAUUCUCAACAACCACUGGAGAAGCACACAUAGUUAUUAUGGACAAAGUUAUGAUGACACUCGUAUAGAAUGGAAUGGCUGGUAUCGACUAUUUAUUGGUGGAACAAGUGCUCAGAUGCCUGAGUGGUCUGUGACUUACAUGUCAUGUGGAGGUUAUAGCUCUCUGUGGCUUGGUGAAUCUCAUCCUCAAAUAGAAGAUGGAGUUGUUACCCGUGAAGUCUACGGGUCGAUUUACUACAACGAGUACAGUACUUACAGAUCCAACCCAAUCCAAGUCAAAGCUUGUCCUGGAAAUUAUUAUGUCUACAAAUUUACCAGACCAAAACUAUCAAUCCCAGCCCCUGUAUAUUGUGCAGUUUCUUUCACCAUGCCAAUUGUGGACCCCUGCUACAACUAUACCAGUCUGGAUGAGCCUUGGAGAGCAACUGACAAUCCUUACCAUAGUAACUAUUACUACUACAUGUGUGAUUAUAAUGUCAACUGGAAUGGCUGGUACAGGCUUUUCUACAAUGGUCAGAGUAUCCAGAUGCCAGAGUCAUGCGUUAAUUUCGGGAUGUGUGGCACUUAUUACUCACUGUGGCUCAAUGACACUCACCCACAGCUGGAAGAUGGAGUGGUCACCCGGCACGUCUGUGGAUCUGAUGGGAAUAACUGCUGUGGUUACAGAUCUCAUCCCAUACAAGUCAAAGCUUGUCCCGGAGAUUACUAUGUUUAUGAGUUUGUCAGGCCACUAUCCUGUGCAGCUUACUGUGCAGAUGUCACAAGUCAUAACACAACAUCCACGACAACAGAGACAAUCCCACCCACAGAAUCCGUUCCUGUACCCAUCACAUCCACUGAGGUUCUCCCUGUUGACCCCUGCUUAAACUACAAUGUGCUGGAUGAUCCUUGGAGAUCCACCAACAAUCAGAAUUCCUCUCAAAUAAUGUGUGACCAUGGGGUCAGCUGGAGCGGCUGGUACCGUCUCUUCAUUGAGGGUCAGAGCGUUCAGAUGCCAGACACAUGUGUUGAUCAGUAUAGUUGUGGCACUCAUGCCCCUCUUUGGCUAAAUGGUCAACACCCAAGAGUUGAGGAUGGAGAGGUCACCCGAGAUGUUUGCGGUCACUGGAACAAUGACUGCUGCUCUUUCCAAUCCAAUCCCAUUAAAGUCAAAGCCUGCCCAGGAAAUUAUUAUGUCUAUGAGCUUGUGACACCAACUACCUGUAGUUUGGCUUACUGUGCAGAAAUAAGGAACAUUACUGUCAUACCAGAGACAACCGUAACUAUGGAAAAUAUGACUGACCCCUGUGCCGAUCUUAACUGCACUGAGGAUGAAUGGUGUGGGAAGAAAAAUGGCUUCUAUGGCUGUUUCUGCAACGAGAACCAUCCGAGACCUGAAGCUGACUCUUUUGAUUCUUCUGAAACCUGUGAAAGCAGCUCUGGCUCCAUGUCCCUGUCUCGCUGUCAGCUCUUUGAGGCUGGUUUUCCAGCUGGUAUCUUACACCUCAAUGAGCCCAGCUGCAAAGGAACAGUCCGGAAUGGCAGAGUGGAGUUCAGUUUUGAUAAUGAUGAGCACAUCUGUGGGACAAAUCUUGUGGCCAAUGGCACCCACUUCAUCUAUGAGAACUUUAUUCUGGGGGCACCAGACUCAUCUGAAGGUCCAAUCAGCAGGAAGAGAAUUCUGAAGCUAGCUUUCAGCUGUGUAUACCUCCAAACCCAAACACUGUCAAUGAAUAUGGAAAUCAACCCACUGGAGAGCAUUGUGCACCGAACACUCCCAGCUGGUGAAGGCAGAUAUCAGGUCCGGAUGGUUCCAUAUCACGAUGCUGAGUUCUCCCACCCCUUCACUGGUAGUGUGGAUGCAGAACUGAACCAGCAGAUUUUUGUGGAAGUUCGUGUUGAUGGGGUUGACAACCGUCAGUUUGCCGUGGUGACAGACACGUGUUGGGCUACACCUGAGAACGAUCCUCAUUACCAUCUCCGCUGGGACCUCAUCGCAGAAGAGUGUCCCAGUCCAAAUGAUGACUCAGUGGAGCUGCUGCAGAAUGGAGUCUCCACAUCAAGCCGUUUCUCGUUCAGGAUGUUUGUGUUUACUACGAACUCCACUAAGGUUUACCUGCACUGUGCUGUUCACCUGUGCCUUCUGAUGCAUAGUGACUGCUCAGCUCAUUGUUACCCUGGAUAUCAGCGGAGAGUGGGCAGAUCUCUGGGCUUCCAUGACAGUGCUUCCAUAUCCAUGGGCCCUCUGGUCAUGUCUGAAAGGAACUCAGAUACAGUAUAUGGGCCCCAGAAAGUGAAAGUGUCAGAGGCCCCUGGUCUGUGUAGUUCCUUGAUGAUAAUGCUUCUUUUACUCCUGAGUUCCUUCACUAUAUUCUAGUAUAUUUCCACAAUGAAUGAACUCUUAAGUUUCUAUUGAUUUUUUUUUCUUCCACACUACAUGAUAACGAACAACUGGCAUUAAUCUCAUUGUUUAGAUGUGUGAUGGGACUUUUAUUCAGUGGGUGUGAUAAUAAUGACCUUUAUGUUUCUGGUCAAUCUUUUGUUUAGUAUGGUGAAAUGAUAAAGAUUUUGAGUAUUGCAU